AUGUUGUCUUUGAAGAUUGUAUACCACUUUUUUAGGACGAUCUUGUCAUAUCGCGUGCCUGUCUGUGCUGCGAUAAGUUUCUUCAGGUCUCCCACAGUAUCAUCUGACUUGCACUUAAUGCGGACUUUUUUGCCCAGCCGAUCGUUGCAUGUAACCUCGAUCAUUUUUUUUAAUGCACUUUGA